GUGCUACAAGCGGCGCCAUUGCAACUGACCGCAACCACCCAUGGACGUAAGAAUGAAUUCUUACGUCCAUGGGUGUAAGAAUGUAUUCUUACGUCCAUGCAACCACCAACCAACCGCGCACCUACGAAGGAAACUGUUUCCAUGUCAUAUCAUGUGUGACGAGGCCACGAAGAACGUUCCUCCACCUCUCGUCGAUGAGUCUCCUUGCUGUCAACCAGGAUUUCCUCCUACUAGUUCUCCGGCAUCGAAUGUUGAACCUAUGGAAGAUACAUAUCCUAAUCCAAAGAAACAAGUAUGGGUUCAAACACCUUCGGAAGAAUUGCUUCAAGUUUUAGACCCAGAUGAUCCUUUGAUGAAAAGAUUCCAGGAUGCUCUUCAGAAGCAUCUUCUUCGGAUUGAUAAGAAACUGUCUGAAGAAAUUCUAGAAUUGGAAGCAUCUAUCAAAGUAACAGAGAAAAGACGCGAAGACGAAGGUAUAAGGCUCUAUGAUGCGCAGCUUGAAAUAGACCGGCAACAAGAGACCAUUGAAUCAUACCAAAAAGCCUUAUCGGAGAUAAUUCGCAUGCGUGAGGAAGUCGAAGAGGAAGUAAAAAGGACAAAGGAAGAAUUCAAGAAGGUCUCCGAUGAGCUACAAAGUGAAAAGUCCCAUGAGCGCAGUUUGGCCCGACAGUUGGAGACCAUGUCUUCCUUGCAGCGACAAUUCAAUGAGUGGGAACAAGAACUAGCCAGCAGUUUGAUCGUUUCUCAAAGAAUAUCGGAGAAAGAAGCUGUUCUGCGGAAGGAACAGUUACGUCAAAAGCAAAACAAAGAUUACAUCCUGUUUAAACUAACGGAGGAAGUUUUGAAGAGAGAAGAUGAAAUUAUAAAUCUAAAAGAACAACUUCAGUUGAAGGAGAAGGAGAAAGCAGACAUGAACCAGGUGAUAACUGAUGCCAAUGCAGACCUCGAAGGCGUCCAGAGAGAACGUAAGACCUUAUUCGAUGUUUGGAAUAAUGUUAUUACUUGCAUCAGACAAAGGGACAAAGUCUUUGAUGAAAUUGGAGGGGAAAGACUAAAGAUACGCGAAUCUUUUCGUACUCUUCAAACUCAGAUUGAAAAAGUGAAAAAAGACACUACCAAGGAAAUGGAAAACAAUGAAAACCUCACUGGAGUACAGAUGAGAAUCGAAGAUGACAUUCAUACCACUACUAGAAACAUCGAUGGAAUUAAGGACAAAAUUAUCAAUCUGGAAUCUAACAUGGCCAAAACUGCAAAGCUAAUAGAAUAUGCUCAAAAUGAUUACGAUGGAAGUCAAGUGGAGUACCAACAAUCACUUAAUGAGGAAAAGAAUAUCGAUAAAACGUUGGAAAAACUUUUUAAUGAAAAGGUCGAGUUCGAAGAUAAAAUUUUAGAAAAGCUCGAAGACAAAGUCACUCAUGACAAAGCUGCAAAAUAUUUAAACAAACUUCUUCAAGAAGCGAGGGAUUCUAUUAGGCAGCAAGAAUUGUCCCUGGUUCAAGCAGAAAAUACUUAUGGAAAAAGUCUCUUGGAAAUCGAAAGACUUAAUUCCACUGUAGACAGUAUGAAAUGUGACGUCAAUGAGUUGACAAAGUGCAACAUAGAGAAGGAAAAAGAAAUUGAUAAUACGCAAACGGAAAUCAAAAGAUGUGAUCUAACUAUUGGGACAAAACAGAGAACACUUAUUUCACUGAAUAAGAAAAUUGAACAAAUCCUUUCAACAAGUGGAGGCGAAGAGAUUAGUCCAAUAGAUCUGAAAAUCCUGAGUCUUGAGAAGAACAUCGAAGAGCUUGAUGCAAAGAAUAUGAAAUCUCAGCAAUUUUGGUUGCGACAAGAAGGCUACAUGGUUACCUUAAGUCAAGAGCGUAGCGAACAAUUAGCUGAAUUAAACUUACUCAGCAAGCAAAUUACUAUAAUGGAACAGAAAAAUCUAAAGUUGGAAUUCGAGUUGGAAAAACAGCGCAAAGAAGAAGCCAAUAUAAUUAGAACGGUGAAUCUCUGCCAACAAAAAUUGGUACAGCUAAACAGUCAACUGGCUGUGCAGAGGGAACUAAAAGGUGAGCUUGAAGGUAAGAACUGCGUUACUAAGACGGAGUAUGUUAAAGCUCUCCAAGAAGCUGAACUACAGCUAAUCCAGUUGCAAAAUGACAUUAAACAAUUGGAAGAAGAGAAAAAUCUUUUAAAGCAACAGCUCAAUGCUGCACAACGUGAGAGCUUGUCUUGGGAAAAAAAGGUUCAGUUGGCACAAGAGACGUCAAAGACUUUAAAGGAAGAACGCGGCAAUGGCGGAGACGUCGCCACGAUGAAAAGUGAAAUUCACAAAAUGGAAAUGCGUCUAACGCAUCUUAGAAAAGUGCAGGAGAAAUUAAUCCAAGAUAUGGAAUUUUGUGUGAUGAGACGAGACGUCAUUGUGGAUGAAGCGAUGGCUAAGGAGAAGAAAAAUCCAAAAGGAGUUCAUAAUCGUAGGAUUGUUAUCCGUAAGCGCCUGGAGGAUCAAAAAAAGAGGCUGAAACAGAUCUUAAAAGAGGGGAAGCAGACAAAUGAAAAGCUUUCCGAAGUGGAAACACAGCAAAAGGAGCUGCUUAUGAAAUUGGACGAAGGCCAGUCAGGACUGAGAGCCGUUGAAGACACAAUUCCCGACAUUGACAAUCAAAUUCAGGAAGCAGAGAUUACAAAACACCAUAACUUGCAGAUGUUGGUGCGGAAGCAACGUAAGGUUAAAAUGCUUCAGGAUGUUAAAGACGGCCGAUAUAGAAUGCUCUUCAAAUCCGAAGGAGCCUUAAAUGAGGAACUCGAAAAGCAACGGAUCAUGAAUGCAGACUUGACAGAGAUUAUGGAACAAACACAAAAAGACUUUCCACUGCUAAAAAACAGUAUUCGCCCAAUCCUUUUAACAUUACAAACACCUUGCGCGAUUUUGUCCUGAAGAAAGUUACGUGAAAUCAGAAUCGAAUUAUCCUAUGCCAGCGUUUUUAUUGUGCUAUGUAAAACUUUUUUAAUACUGCAGACAGGAUAUAUAUAUAUAUAUAAGUUAACACUUUGCGGUUUGCAGUACGAAGUACUUUAUAACGCUCGUUGGCUCAAGCAAACCGAUUCUUUGAUGCAUAGUUGGCCUCACAUUCUUUAGUUAUAAAUGAAUGUCAAUAUAAAAGCUACAUGUCCUAUUAGUUUUUAAUUUUCCAUCAUAAAAUUAAGGUUCUAUGGCUGUGACGGCUUCGUGUCGUUGGUAACGUAAAACAUAAAAAUUCGCGCGACGGCUUUGUGCCGUCGACGAACUGCAAAAUAUUAAAUCAAUUGAUCUGUAGCAUUGAUUUUAAUUAUAGUUCAGCAUGCCUAAAAAAUACAGUUUUAAUUAAAUUAAUUUGGAAUGUUAUAUUUUAUUAAAAACGUCAAAUGUGUAAAAAAAAAAUAGAAAUUCAAUCAUACAAAUUUGAUCUUGAAAUAAAAUUUGAAUCGGAGAAUAUAUAAAAUUAACUUUAGAACUACCAGCGGAUUUUUUUGGCUGUGGUGGGCCAUCUAAAACUAGUUAUUUUAACUGGGUUUGGUAGUUUUAGUGUUAAACAAAAAUGAUUUAACUUGUAUGCCUUGUUAGAAGG